CCUCUCCCAGUAUAAUUCCCCAGAACAUAUUUCCCCAUCUUUCUCUCUCCAUUUCUCGUUUAGAUUACACAAAAAACCGCUAACAAUUAUGCAGGAAGCGAUUCCUUACAAGACAUGGCUAACGGUCCCGAUGAGAUCUAAUCCGCUGCUAAAAACGGCCAAUUCUCUGCCGUUAACGAUGAGCAAAACCGCCGCUUCUUCCGUCUACUCCGACGGAUCGGUGGAGGAUCUGAGGAACAUGGUGGCGGAGAACGCCGUGAUCGUGUUCGGCCGGCGGGGAUGCUGCAUGAUCCACGUCGUGAAGCGUCUUCUCCAAGGCUUAGGCGCCAAUCCGGCGAUCUACGAGGCCGAUGAAGGCUCCGAAGACGACGUCGUAAACGAGCUCGAAGCUAUCAGCGCGUUUGACCGGAAAGACGGCCGGUUGCAGUUUCCGACGGUGUUCAUCGGAGGACGGCUCUUCGGCGGGUUGGAUCGCGUCAUGGGCGCUCAUAUCACCGGCGAGUUGACUCCGAUACUCAAAGACGCCGGCGCGCUUUGGCUUUGAUGCUUUUUUCUCAUUUUCUGAGUACUAAUUUUCACCACAGCGUUGAGAGUUUCGGAGACUGUUAAAAUUUUUUCUGUUCUUUUUACCCUCCUCUGUUAUUGGGAUAUAAAUUACAGAGUAAUUAAUUAAUUAUAAAUCCAUGAGUUCAACGGUUGCGAUUGCGUGUUUGAUUUCUUGAUUCUAAUGUAAACACGGAUUUUAAGGAUUAAGGGAAGUCUUAGGGUCGCAGGUUUAGUUGACUAAGAUGAUAGUACUAUGAUGUUUAUUACGCAGACUGAAGAGGGUUUCAGACAUGUAAUGUAGUUUUCCAAUGAAUUUAACAUGAUUCUGGAAAAGAAAAAAAAAUUUCAUUUUUUCGUUA